AUCAUGUCUGGACGCGGCAAGGGAGGCAAGGGACUCGGCAAGGGCGGCGCCAAGCGCCACCGCAAGGUGUUGCGCGACAACAUCCAGGGCAUCACGAAGCCCGCGAUCCGCCGCCUGGCCCGCCGCGGCGGCGUCAAGCGCAUCAGCGGCCUCAUCUACGAGGAGACCCGCGGCGUCCUCAAGGUCUUCCUCGAGAACGUCAUCCGCGACUCCGUCACGUACACGGAGCACGCCCGCCGCAAGACGGUCACGGCCAUGGACGUCGUCUACGCGCUCAAGCGCCAGGGCCGCACGCUCUACGGCUUCGGCGGGUAAAUCUUCCCGCCGAGCCCGGGCGCCUCGACACCACACACCGGUGUUUUCGAACACCACCCUUUUGGAGGAAGACUUCGCGGGACCGCGGCCG